CACUGCGGGACGAAGGGGAGGAGCCGGCAGCCUGCGCGCAGGGGCUCAUUCACGUCUUCCGAAAAGAAAAAAAAAAAAACCAAACCAAAAAAAAAAACCAACGAAAAGCAAAAGAACGAGCUCGAACGUGCCUUUCAAACUACCCUCCCCCGUUUUGCGCCAUCUUUGACCGGAUGUCAAGUGUCUCGCGUUCCAAUACGCCCUGAACUUCAUCGUACUUGCCCUCCCCAAUAUGGCCGCCACCUAGGUACGUGCGUUGGUUUCGCUGCCCUGACAUUUUGUCUUCAUUUGGACUGAUUAGGGCUCCUUGUGAUGACGUCACUUUCCGUGUUACGCUUGCCUAGUUUUGACUUUUGCUUUUUGGAGCUUCUUUGGCGGAUGAAGUUUGUCCGGCCGGCCGAGCGUGGACGCGACAUGAAGCGAGUGGCUUCUUUUCAAAUUCUGCUUCUUUGCUUUCACGGCGCCUCCGCCGUCCUGCACUCUCUGCGGCACGUGUACACGGUGAGCAGCGGCAUCCCGCGCCUCCCGCACGUGACGGCGGCGGUGCUGGUGGACGGCGUGCAGACGGAACAUUACGACAGCCGCACCGGGACGGCGGCGGCCAAGCAGGACUGGAUGCACGCCGUCGUCCGCCGACACCCCGACUACUGGAAGGAGCAGACGACCUUCUGGCGAGGACAGGAACACUUUGGCAACAUCAACAUGGCGAUCCUCCUGGAGCGGUUCAACCAAUCGGACGGCGGCGUCCACGUGUUCCAGGUGCUGCACGGCUGCGAGUACGACGACGAGAGCGGCGACGCGUCGGGCUUCAACCACCACAGCUACGACGCCGACACCACGCUGGUUCUGGACGUGGAGCGCCGCAUGUGGGUGGCGCUCAAACCUCAGCUGGAGCCCACCAGCCGCAAGUGGAACCAAAACCACGGCUGGCUGGAGUUCAUGGAGCACCGGCUGCUGCGGGAAUGUCCGCAGCGCCUCGCCGAGACGCUGGAAUUGGGCGAGGACGUCCUGCGCCGGAUACAGCGCCCCCUGGUGUCCCUGCUGCAGACGCGGCCCUCGGCGCCCGUCACGUGCCACGCCACGGGCUUCCACCCCGACAAGGCGGACGUGUUCUGGACGCACGACGACGAGCAGGUCCACGACGACCGCGUGGAGCACGGCCAGCUGCUCCGCAACCACGACGGGACCUUCCAGCUCGCCGUGAGCCUGCGGGUCGCCGGGGUGCCGCCCGCUGACUGGCGCCGCUACGCCUGCGUCUUCACCCUCGACGGGCUUCCCGAGGCCGUCGUCACCCAGCUGGACGCCGCCAAGAUCAGAACCAACUACGUCGAGCCCACGGACGGCGCCGGCGUCGUCGUGGCCGCCGUCGCGAUCGUCGCCGUCCUGGCGGCGUCGACGGGGGUCGGCCUUCUCGUCUACAGGAGGCGGCGAAGCCAGCGCGGGGGUGAGACGUCGCCGCGGCGACGCGCCGUCCCGCGCGAGUACGCAGACGCCGGCGAUGACGCCCUCGACGGUGGUGACCAGCAGGGGGAGACGUUGCAAAGUCAGGUGUCCCCAGCCUGACCUUUCGACAAGUUCCAAAGUAUCCUCGUUGCUUUGUUUAUGCCGGUGGCAGGAAGAACAGUUCCGUGUUCGUCCCAAGCGAGUGUUUUCAUUUUUCAUGCUUUCAGCUUCCAGUUGCACACACGGAAGGAAAUUCGGGAGUCGCCGCUCACCAUUUCAGUCAGCAGCCGUCGGAGAAAAGAAUUACAAAUGUUUUGUUUUCAUCAGGAAAAAAAAAAUUGGGCACGUGGGUAACGUCAGUGGCCGGGACCUUUUCUCAACCCCGUCCCGCACACUUCAGUCAUAUUGAAUUUUUCACUGGAAUCUGGAAUACAUUGCGUCAUCCGCUUUCAAGUAUUUCUUUCGGACUUUGCACUUUAUUAAUCCGUUUGUUGUUUUACGGGGGAGGUAUCGUCGGCCCCUCGGAGCCUCUGCAAGGUGGCGACGAAAAUUAAAGACGACGAGGUCACGUGACCACCCCCAAAACGCGCUAACGUCCCGACCCGGAAGCUCACUGCCGACGUGCUUACGUUGCACCAGUUGCCUCCUUGACGUAUUCCCCCCCCCCCCCACGAAAAGUAAGCGUGCCAAGUAUCGAUUGUGUAUUCUGUACAUAAUUGUCACGGAGGACGCAAAGUUGUCGGCUAACUGGCCUCUCAAAAUACUGCAACCCGUUGAAGUGUGCGCUCGCGUGACUUACUUACUGGUGUCUUUUAAAAUUCUUACUGACAUAAAUACUCUUAAAACAGAAGAAUAAAGAAAUGCCACAAGUUGUUAUAACAAGCUGAGGUCAGCGAUGAAAUUUCCCCCUGACGACUUCCUGAAUCCAAAGUGACAUCCUCAAUGAUUGACAAACGGUGGCGCUUUUUUUCAACUCAAUUAGCUUAGCAUCCUAAUUUGCGCCAUUAGCUCCGUCCCGCCAGGAUGGUCCGAA